GUCUGGUGCCGUAGGGUAUGACUGUGUAUGUUCGCGGUUCUUUUAUCAAAUCCAAUCAUGGUGUUCACCUUUCAAGGGGCAAUGAGAGAGAGCGGUCAGCUUAGCGAGAAAGUCGACGGACACGGCCGGGUCGGGCCACAAGGGUCUUUAAAGUUGGACCCACUUCGCUGCCUAGCCUUGUCCCGUGAUCUCGCGAUUUGAGUUGAAGGAGCGCUUGCAACCUCCACUCCGUGUCGCGGCACCACGCGUUCGCAUCCGAUCGACAUCGAGAGCCGAGGCCCAGGAACACCGCUUCCUUUCCCCCUUUAAAACGGUUGCAUGGAAUUGGACCCCACCAGCUCGGGCCUCACCCCGUCGCACCGCCAUGUCUAGGAUAGAGAAGCUCUCGAUUCUUGGUGUGCGCUCCUUCGGGCCGCAACACCAGGAAACGAUCGCGUUUAACACCCCCCUGACCUUGAUCGUUGGUUAUAAUGGCUCGGGAAAAACGACCAUUAUCGAAUGCCUCAAGUAUGCCACCACCGGCGAACUCCCCCCGAACAGCAAGGGCGGCGCCUUCAUCCACGACCCCACACUGGCUGGUGAGAAGGAUGUUCGCGCCCAAGUCAAAGUAUCCUUUCGAUCGACCGUCGGCGAGUCCUACGUUGUGACGCGUAAUGUCCAGCUCAUAGUGAAGAAGAGCACGAGGUCGCAGAAAACACUGGAAGGGAGCCUGCUACUGCGGAACAAUGGAGAGCGGCACGUCAUUUCCACACGGGUCAUGGAACUUGACAAGCUCGUCCCUGAGAAGCUUGGUGUUUCGCCGGCUGUUCUGGACACCGUCAUCUUCUGCCAUCAGGACGAGUCCCUGUGGCCCAUGAGCGAGCCCUCUGCCCUCAAGAAGCGGUUCGACGAGAUUUUCGAAGCCAUGAAGUACACCAAGGUCAUCGACAACCUGAAGAUUCUCCGUAAGAAGAAAGGCGAGGAGCUCCGUGAGUUGAAGUUGCAGGAGAACCAGGACAAGGCGAAUAAGGAGAGGGCGGACAAGGUCAACAAGCUCAUGGGCCAGCUGACGAGGGAGAUCGAGGAGGGCCGGGGCAAGUACGACGAGCUCACAGAACAAAUGGCGGAAGAGGGCGCCAAAAUCAAAUCAAAACACGAGCAGGCCAAUAGUUUCCUGAGGAUUGUAAACGAUCUCCAGACCAAGACCGAGAAGUUGGAGUACAAGAAGGAGGCAAUCCAGGAGCUACGCAGCCGCAUCGAAGAAUCUUCCGACACAGACCAAGUCCUAAAGAACUCUCUUGAUGAGUACGAGCAGACGAUCGAGAGGACCGUCGCCGACCGCGACAGAAAAGCUACCCAGUUCCACGAGCUCCAGGGGGAUCUCAAGUCAUCCCGGGAGCAGCAUACCGCGAAGGCCUCCGAGCAGGGCAAGCACCAGUCGGACAAGGACAAGUACGAGCGCCAGCUUGUCACCCAGGACCGUAUGAUCCACGAGGCGGCUACUCGCCACGAAAUCCGGGGCUACGAUGGGGACCUAGACGACCGGAGGAUCGCCGCCUUUAAUGAACGCAUCCAAAAGACCCUCAAUGAUAAGAAACGCGAGUUGGAGCGCAUUCAGCGUGAAAAUUCUGAAGAGCUCGACAAGAAGUCUGCCGUCAUCACGGAACGCGAUAGCCGAAAGGCAUCGCUGAUCCGGGAUCGCGCAUCGGCCAAGCAGCGCAUCAUCACAGUCGGCAAGGAAUCGGCCACUAUCCAGGGCGAACUCAGCAGAUUGGAUAUCGACGAGGGCGCCGAGGCCAUGCUUCGGACUGAAAUGAAGGAGCUCGAGGCUAGGAUUGAGACAGCAAAGGCCGAGGAGCAAGGGGCGGACUUGGACGCGCAGAUCAAGAAGGUCAACGACGAUAUUUGGAACCUCGAAGCGCAGACCGCCAAGCUCGCCAGAGAGCUCGUCGAGUGCACGAGACUCGCAUCCGAGCGAGCCCAGCUCGACCUGCGAAAGAAACAACUAACCGAGCGGCGGCGAGAACUAGAGAUACUCAGGAAGACUUGGACCGAACAACUUUCGGCGUUGGUCGGGAACGAUUGGCAACCAGAGACUAUCGAAACUGAGUUCCAGAACGCAGUCAAACACCAAAACACGGUUGUUGCCGAGUGUAGGAAGCAGAAAGAUGCGACUCAGCAGGAGUUGAAGCAAGUGGAGUAUAAACUCUCAAACGCACGGGAUCGGCAUAGCAAGCUGUCCACGGAGAGAGAAAACUGCAACCGCGCCGUCACAAAAGCCCUUAAGGACGUGAGGAACCCGGACUCACCACCCAUUGAGGACUACACGAAGGAGAUGGAAAGCAUCGAGGCCGAGCUCAGCCAAACGGAGACGGAUCUGAAGCUCUACGAUGAGAUGAAGAAGCACUACGCGAGCAUCAAGGACCGGGCUGUGCGGUUCAACAAGUGCUACUAUUGCGAACGGGAUUUCAAGGACCAGCCCACCGCGAGGUCAAAACUCCUUGACAAAAUCGCGAAGAAGCUGAGUGAUGAGGACAAGCAAGAAUUAAUGGAAGACCAGGUUCACUUCACUGAACAGAUCAAAACUCUCAGAGCUGUACGCGCUCAGUAUGACAGCUAUCGGCGACUUGAAACUGAGUUGCCGUUAAUAACCAAAGACAUUGACGCGGCCUCGUCUCAGCGGGAGGAGUUGGUCCGCCGCCUGGAGGACCAGGAUCUCGCCUUCAGAGAAGCAGAGGACAAGCGUCAAGAGGUUGACGGACUGAGCAAGAACGUCCUGAAGAUAUCCCAGACGCAUAAGGAUAUCAUCGAGGCGGAGAGGCAGGUGGAGAGGUCGCAGCAGUCUUCGAGCAUUGCAAUGCGGAGUCCUGACGAGAUCAACGAGGAGCAAACCACUUGCGCGGAGCAGACCCGAACUGCCCAAGCUAAGCUCAGCAAGCUCACCACCGAGAGGCAGCGCCUGAAAGACCUGGCCGCACAGCUCGAGGUCGAGAGGCUCGAGUUGAGGCAUAAGAUCAGCAGUGCCGUUCAGCAACUGGAGCGGAAGAAGAGCCUCCAGGACUCUAUCCGCAGAUACAAGGAGGAGCAGGGUCACCUGCGGGAAACCAUCCAGGAGGCCGAUAAGGAAGUAGAGCGUCUCGAGCCAGAGAUUGCAAGUGCUCGUGCAGCGCUAGAGGAAGCUCGGCAACAGGGGCGAGCCAAGGAGCAGAAGGUCGCAGAAGAGAGAGAUGCCAUCGCCACUACCUUCAGCGAGCUCAAGAUGGUCAGCACCGACAUCCAAGAGUACCUGGAUCGUGGCGGUCCUUCAAACCUGGCCUCGAACCAGCGGGCCAUUGCUACCCUAGAAGCCACGAUCGCCAAUCUCGAGAGCGAGAUGAAAGAUCUAACAGUUCAAAUCAACAAAUUGAACAAGGAGAUCGACAACAGCGACGCCAAGAAACGGAACAUCGCCGACAACCUGACCUACCGCAAGAACCUGCGUGAGUGCGACGCCCUCGAGGAAGAAAUCGUCGAGCUCGAGUCUCGCAACGCUCAGGAAGACUACGACCGUCUCACUCAGGAAGCCCGCUACCUCGAAACCCGCCGCGGCAAGCUCACCGCCGACCGGGAGCGCCUCGUGGGGUCCCUAACGACCAAGGACGAAGAGUUCAAGCGACUGGAUGAAGAAUACCAGAUCGAGCUCAAGGACGCCAAGGCCAAGUACAAGGAAUCCCAUAUCAAGGUCGAGACCACCAAGGCCGCCAUCGACGACCUCGGCCACGGGACUGCUGCCCUUGACCACGCCAUCAUGCGAUACCACUCCCUGAAAAUGGAGGAGAUCAACCGCACCAUCGGCGAGCUGUGGCAGAGCACGUACCAGGGCACCGACAUCGACACGAUCCAGAUCCGGUCCGACGUGGAGGCCGGGGCCGGGUCUGGCGGCGGCAAGCGCAACUACAACUACCGCGUGUCCAUGGUCAAGGGCGACACCGAGAUGGACAUGCGCGGCCGCUGCAGCGCGGGCCAGAAGGUCCUCGCCUGCAUCAUCAUCCGUCUGGCCCUGGCCGAGUCCUUUGGCGUCAACUGCGGCCUCAUCGCCCUCGACGAGCCCACCACCAACCUCGACAGCGACAACAUCCGCAGCCUGGCCGAGAGCUUGCACGGCAUCAUCAAGGCCCGCCGCUCCCAGAGCAACCUGCAGCUGAUCGUCAUCACCCACGACGAGGAGUUUUUGAAACACAUGCAGUGCAGCGAUUUCUGCGAUGACUUCUUCCGAGUUAGGAGAGAUGAGAAGCAGAAUAGUGUUAUUGUGCGGGAGAGUAUUACCAGGAUCAUGGAGUAG